AUGGCGGAAGUCGACUUUGACGCGUUCGAGAAGCAAGUUUCAGAGAUACAGCGGGACAUGGUGAGCGCACGGUCUCGCGCGGUGUACGAGAAUUCAUACGGACGCUUUAUUGCAUGGGUGGUUUGCUUUAAACCCCACCUUAUUCCACUUACCUGUUCGGAGAACUCGGCGACGUAUCGAGCCUCACUGUAA